AUGGAGAACCAUGUGGACCCUGCUGAUAUGCCCUACAUAAGGAGUCAGGCCAUAAGCACCAUUCAUUUCCGGGAUACAUUCUGCUGGAACUAUACUAAAAAUGGACAGUAUACAAUCAAAUCAAGAUAUUGGGUAGCUCGGAACUUACUAAAGGCUGAUGAAGAGAAGGAGGUCCUUGAACCUAGUAUAACAAAGCUCCAAGCCUUUGCUUGGAAGACAAAAGCUCCUCAAAAGAUUUGUCAUCUUAUAUGGCAACUGAUAACUGGUUAUGUUGCAGUGACAAGGAAUCUGGCCAGAAACGAUAAACUCUUUAGGGAAAUUGACAGGGUUUCUUUGGAGCUAGUCCGAUACGCGGAGAGUGAGUGUCAAGCCUGGUUUAACACAAAUGAGAUAAUACCAACAGCUCCACAAGCCCUUAAUAUUGAAGAACUUCAAGUUGUAAGCUUGAGUAAUAUCUGCAUGAUUGAUGGGUCAUGGACAUCUACUGCACAGUUUAGUGGAUAUGGAUGGGUCUGGCUUGAUUGUUUGGGGAAGAUUCAACUUAUGGGGACACAGAAUUAUAUUCGAAGAGAGUAUGCCUUACAUUCAGAGAUGGAAGCACUGAGCUGGGCGAUGGAGAGUAUGCUCCAGCAUUCGACUUGUCAAAGUUUUGGAACGGACUGCAAGGAUUUGAUUGCAAUGAUCAACGAGCCUUAUGUUUGGCCGAGCUUUGCGACAAAAUUGGAGAGGAUAGAGACUCUCAAGAUAAGCUUCCCGAGAUUACUCAUAUUCCACGAGCGCAGAAUCAGACUUCAGAUUUCUUAG